GGCCGACCGGGUGUUGAUUGUUACUGCCAACAUGAAAGCGGCGCUGCCGUUGUGCAACUUCAGUUUUUAAUUAAUGAGGGCGCUUUGGUCAGCGCGAGCUCAGACGACAUGCUCCAUUUGUGGAAUCUCAGACAGAAACGGCCGGCAAUUCUUCAUUCUCUAAAAUUUACUCGAGAACGGAUUACAUUCUGUCACUUGCCUUUCCAAAGCAAAUGGCUGUACGUAGGGACAGAGCGGGGAAACACUCAUAUUGUAAAUAUUGAAUCUUUCAUCCUUUCUGGAUAUGUGAUCAUGUGGAACAAGGCUAUAGAGCUGUCUACAAAGACCCACCCUGGGCCUGUGGUGCACCUGAGCGACAGCCCGAAAGAUGAAGGAAAACUCUUGAUAGGCUAUGAAGAUGGAACAGUAGUACUCUGGGACUUGAGAUCCAAGAGAGCAGAUUUAAGACUAUAUUAUGAUGAGGCAAUCCACUCUAUCGGGUGGCAUCACGAGGGAAAGCAGUUUAUGUGCAGUCAUUCGGACGGCAGCUUGACUCUGUGGAAUCUCCGAAGUCCUAGCAGGCCCUUCCAAAUAAUCAUUCCACAUGGCAAAAUCCAGCGAGAUGGUAAAAAAGCUGAAUCUUGUAAGCCAAUUCUUAAAGUAGAAUACAAGACGUGUAAAAACAGUGAGCCUUUUAUAAUUUUUUCUGGUGGACUUUCUUACGACAAGCCAUGGCGAAGGCCAAGUCUAACGAUCAUGCAUGGAAAAGCAAUCACCGUGCUUGAAAUGGAUCACCCCAUUGUGGACUUUUUAACCCUCUGUGAAACGCCAUACCCCAAUGAAUUUCAAGAACCAUAUGCUGUAGUUGUAUUGUUGGAAAGAGAUUUGAUAGUUGUUGACCUGACGCAAAGCAAUUUCCCAAUUUUCGAAAACCCUUACCCCAUGGACAUUCACGACACACCCGUUACCUGCACAGACUAUCUGGCCGACUGUCCUCCAGAUUUGAUUCCUGUGCUAUACUCUGUAGGUGUGAAACAUAAGAAGCAAGGAUACAGCAAUAAGGAAUGGCCCAUCAGUGGCGGAGCAUGGAACCUAGGAGCACAGACAUAUCCUGAAAUUAUUAUCACAGGUCAUGCAGAUGGAUCAGUAAAAUUUUGGGACGCUUCUUGCAUAACACUUCAGAUGCUGUACAAGUUAAAAACCUCAAAGGUGUUUGAAAAACAGAAGGUGGAAGGAAAGUCAACAGCAGAAAUUGUAGAAGAUGAUCCUUUUGCGGUCCAGAUGAUGUAUUGGUGUCCCGAAAGUCGGAUAUUCUGUGUAGCAGGAGCCUCUGCUUAUGUUAUCGUUUACAGAUUCAGCAAACACGAAGUCAAUACUGAAAUAGCCUCCUUAGAGGUGCGGAUUCAGAACGAGAUAGAAGAUAUCAUCAGUCCGGAGGCAGAAAUGAUUCCUCCCUUCCCAGACGCGUCUUCUCAACUCCCGUCUUUAAAAGAUCUCUCAGGCAGCACAAACACCAUCACGUCUGUGGGAACAGUGAAGGACAGUAUUCCAUGCCUCAGCGUUAAGACUCGUCCACUGAAGAUGCCUCCUGGUUACCAAGCGGAACUUGUUAUCCAGUUGGUGUGGGUAGAGGGGGAGCCUCCUCAGCAAAUUACCACCCUGGCAGCAAAUUCAGCAUAUGGAUUAGUUGCAUUUGGAAACUGCAAUGGUUUGGCUGUUGUGGAUUUUAUGCAGAAGACCACGCUGCUGAGCCUCGGAACCGCCGACAUCUACGGAUCCACUGAUCCGUACCAACGCCAGCCUCGCUCUCCCCGCCGAAGCAAGCAGUUCGCUGCAGGCCUCACCGAGUUGUCUGACGGCCCCAUUUCGCUGGAGCUGGAGCGCUGCAAAUCCCCAACCGCCUCAGAUCAUGUGAACGGACACUGCACGAGUCCCACUUCUCUAAGCUCUGGAAAACGGCUCUCUAGCGCAGAUGUCACAAAAAUUAACCGUCGGGUUUCCGGCAAGCCUCCGUUUCGGAAAGCUCAGUCGGCUGCCUGCAUGGAGAUUUCCCUGCCAGUCGCAACGGAAGAAAACAGAGAAAACUCCUUCAGCCAUUCCCGCAGCUCGAGCGUCUCCAGUAUUGACAAAGAGGCUAAGGAAGCCAUUACAGCUUUGUACUUCAUGGAGUCAUUUGUACGGAAAAACGACACUGCUGUAUCUCCGUGUCUUUGGGUCGGUACAGGCCAUGGUAUGGUCUCGACGCUAUCCCUUAACUUGCCUUCGGUGGAUGAACUAAGGCAUACGGAGCCUGUCACGGUUUCGCCAAGUGGCAUGCUUCUGACUCUGAAGGGAGCAGUCUUAACUUUCGGGUGCUUGGAUUGCACGGGGACUUUGAUACACCCUCCUUACGAGGCCUGGAGAGACCCCAAAAACAAUACGGAGGACAGUGAACGAGCUCGGAAAAGGAAGCUGGUCAUGCAUUCUCCCUCCUCCUCUCAGGACAUGGGAGAGCACCAGUUUGUGGUGGUCUGCUCCGAGAAGCAGGCCAAAGUGUUCUCGCUGCCUUCCCAGGCGUGCCUCUACGUCCACAACAUCACGGACACCUCCUUCCUAUUGACGGCGGACGUGGUGGCCCUCUGUAGCAGCGUUUGCCUGGCGUGCCUCUGUGCCAAUGGGCAUAUCAUGAUUCUGAGUUUACCCAGUCUCCGCCCGUUGCUAGAUGUUAAUUAUUUGCCUGUAACAGACACGAGGAUCGCUCGGACUUUUUGUUUUACCAACGAGGGACAAGCGUUGUAUCUCGGUUCUCCUACGGAAGUCCAGCGACUGACCUUCAGCCAAGAGAUGUGCGACAAUCUACAGGACAUGCUCGGGGUGUUGUUCACCCCCGUGGAAACCCCUGAGGCUCAGUACAGAGGCUUUCUGAAGGGACUCUUUGGUGGAACAGGAGGAACGCUGGACAGAGAAGAACUCUUUGGCGAGGCCACGGCGGGAAAAGCAUCUCGGAGUCUUGCUCAGCACAUCCCUGGGUCCGGCGGAGUGGAGGGCGUGAAAGGGGCUGCGGGAAGUGCCAUUGGAGAGCUGGCUCGGGCGCGCAUAGCCCUCGACGAGAGGGGGCAGAAACUGGGAGAACUGGAUGAGAAAACAGCCAGGAUGAUGGCCAGUGCAGAAUCCUUGUCCAAACAUGCACAUGAGGUGAUGCUGAAAUACAAGGAGAAGAAAUGGUACCAGUUUUAGAUUUUUACCUACUAAAGAGCUGCUCUUUAGUGCACUAAGAACAGGAGUCAAAGGAAUGGACCUGAUUCUCCAAGCUCGGCAGCUGAGCAGAAGCGGCUCUUCCUCCUCGGCACCUAUUUCCUCUUUCGUUGCACCGCACCGUCGAGGGAGGCAAACGUUUCCAGCGUUCCUGGCUGCGCGUGGGUCUUUGUAGUCUGAUCUACAACCAGGGAAUCUUUUCCCCAAACGAACCCUCCUUCCAGCAGGUAACGUUUCAGCGGUUCUGGGUUGCGGACUGCGGGAAAGGCUGCGGCUGGUUGAAAAAUACCCUGUACAAACCAGAUUGUUAAUGCGUUUAAGCCGAAUAAAACUUUGCAUGACUAAUUGACCUUCUUAUACGACACGAGACAAAAAAACAAAAACAAAAAAACACACAAACCAAAAAAAAAAGCAAAGCAUGUUGUGAUCGAAGAAAAAGGGAUCCAUUUCUCAGUUCCACAAAUAAAUAGUUCAAACAGCAGAGCCUUUUUCUGUUUUUCAAGCAACUAAACACCAGGUGGGUACAUUGCCAGCAUGUUGCUCUCGACAGAAGACGACCGGCUGCGUUUCUCUCAUAUUUGACGUUCUUUUUCUGUGGACAAUCUUAGUUUGAGAACACUCAUGCAUUUCAUUAGUAGAAGAAUAAAAGUGACAUGAAACUUC